AUGGCGUGGGGCAAGCACGGGCACGAGACUUUGCGUCGGCUUGUCUCCAAGGCCGCCCGCUACCCAGCCUUCCCCCCCGUGGUGAUUGUCCUGCGCACCUGGUGUCGUGCCAACCUCAGCCUCGGUGUGCCAUUUUUCCGUGUGCCGAUCGAGUGCCACUACCCAACCAUCAUCGCCACCAUGCAGUCUACUCAGGUUGCCCGCCGCUCCAGCUGGGAGGCUCACAAGAACGAGGCCGCCUCGGACCAGGCUGGCUCGCCUCCCAAGCGCCACAAGCCUUACAACUUUGCCGACCUUGGCCCCUCCACCACCAUUGUCAGCACGACCCUGCCCACAAACAGCAACAGCAACAUGCGCGCCCGAACCUCUGCCUCCACCCGCCCUCUGCCCAAGCCCAUGCCUUGCCCCACCUCGCACACCCAGCACAACGGUGUCGAUGAGCUCCUUGAUCUCAUGGAGCGCCACCACCAGCCCAGCCUCAACACCUCUGCCAUGGAGCGCGAGGACAGCGGCGUGGACAUGAACACUGCCGCAACCCAGGCCACCGAUGGCUACAGCUACAUGGGUUGCAACGCUCUGCACAGCAUCCUGCAGUGGCGUCCAGAGCAGCUCCUCAUGCUUGACUGUCGUGCUGGCCUCGGUUUCAAGACGAGCUCAAUCAAGGGUGCCGUCUCGGUUCAGUAUUCGGGCCUCAUGCUCCGUCGUCUCCGCAAGCAAGGCCACGUGCGCAUCCAACUCAAGCACCUCCAGGUCAGCGACGAGGCUGCCGUGGCCAAGCGCUCCGACCCCAACACGCUCGUCGUGGUCUAUGAUGAAGACUCUACUGUUGUCGAGCCCGAAGGCAACGCCGCCAUCUUGCUCCGCAUCCUUGAGAGCGAGGGCGUCAAGGCCGUCUUCCUCAAGGGUGGUAUCACCGCCCACCGCCGCCUCUACGCCCAGGACCUGACUGACACGGAUACCUCCCGCCCCAGUGGCCGCGCCCACUUGCAUCCCGUGCUCAAGGCCGUGCCCCGCCUGGCCACGGUGCCCGCCACUGUUGUCUUUGACCACUUGGUCCUCGGCAACCAGCAUCAGGGUACUGACCCCGCCUUUUUGGCCCGCAACCGCAUCACGCACGUCAUCAACGUGACCGAGACACCCUUCGCCAAUGGCCUGCCCAACCUCGUCCGCUGCAUGCAGAUCCCCCUGUUGGACGGUGCCCAUCACGACCUGCUCUCAGUGGUUCCCGAGGCCCUUCGGUUCAUCGAGGGCUGCCGACGCGAACACGGCCGCGUCCUCGUCUACUGCUCUAAUGGCUACUCGCGCGCCGUGGCCGUGGUCAUGGCCUACAUGAUGGCCACUCGGUCCUACAAUUACGAUGCCGCUCUGCAGCUGCUCCAGGCCAUCCGCCCGCGCAUUGCCCCCCACGACAGCUUCCUCAAGCAGUUGCGCGACUUUCAAUCCUUCCUCAGUAACGCCCAGACACCCGAGCGUGACAUCAAGCUUCGCCCCAGCGUCGGUGAUGCUCGCCCUCGAGCCCUCUUCCGUAACUGA